AUGGCCUCAAUCGACAGGCUCAGCGCCUUGCCCGACGAAAUCAUCUCUCACAUCCUCUCUUUUCUCCGCUUCAGAACCUCCCUCUCCACCAGGACCCUCUCCGCCAGAUGGAGGCGUCUAUGGGCCUAUGCCCCUAACAUAGCACACCCCGGAGUUUCCAGCCCGUAUACAAUUUCCGACCGCACGGAAUUUGUACGCACGCUGACAAAGAUUCUGUCCCAAUGUGAAGCACACGGCGUGAACAGACUUCGCCUCCCUAUGGGCCGCUGCAACGAGCAUGAACUUGAGGCGUGUCUCGAGAGCGCAUUUGCGUGCAACGUGAAAAUUCUCGAUCUUAAAUUGCCUUAUGAGCUCCAUAUUAUGCCCCCUUUCGUCUUCACAUCUAAGAACCUAGUUGACCUGAGGAUCAUAUAUUUGCAUAUUGAGAUGAAGAAGGGCGACGUGUGUUUACCAGCCCUUAAGAGGCUUUAUCUCAAGCGCGCAGACCUUCGGCUUGGUUGCUCCCUCGGAAGCCUGAUUUCUGGCUGUCCCGUGCUUGAAGAUUUGACUCUUGUUAACUGUUAUCUUAAUGAAGGAGAAAAUGUGCCUUGCAUAUCUUCUCCCACUAUGAAGAGGUUGGUUCUCCGUGGUGGCUUAACUUCCACUUCCAGGUUGAAGAUUGAUACGCCUGAUUUGAUUGAAGCACUUGUUGAUGUUAGGAUUUCCAACGAUGAUCUUUUUUCUCGUUCUCUGGUGGAACUCGUGGGUAGGUUCUCUAAUGUAAAACACAUGAAAUUACGCGCUCGGGGGAAGGUUCCUGUCUUAACACCUGUUGAUUUGAACAUAAAGUUGCACAAUUUAACCAAACUCAAGGUGAAAGGUGAUUGGCGUUUCAUCUCAUAUUUUGUGGAGAAGGCUAACAAGCUUGAAGUCCUUAAUGUCAGACAAUAUUCAGAAUGGGAGAUGGAAGAAACCCUCCAGUUGCCUAUGCCUAAUUCAAUCAUGAAGCUUCACAAUUUAACAAAAUUCAAAGUAGAAGUCGAGUGGUGGUUUCUCAUAUAUUUGCUAGAGAAGGCUGAUAGACUUGAAGUCCUUACUAUCCGUAAGUUUAUUCAUCAGCAUAACGGGUUGGCGCCGCCCUUCCAAGUGCCUAAUUGCCUGUCAUCACAUCUUAAAAUAGUACAAAUUCAUGAAUUGAAAGGUACAGAGCAUGAACUCGACAUGGUUAGAUAUCUCUUAAAGAAUGCUAAAGUCCUCGAGAGGAUGGAACUACACUGGUACAAGGGAAUGGAACGACACUGCAUAGAAGAAUCGAUCGGGAGAAUUUCAUCAUUUGAUCGAGGAUCUGAGAAGUGUAAGAUUGCGUGCUGUUCAGGAAAGAUUCUUACACUGCCCUCUUUGAUUGAAGCAAAUAUUGAUGUCAGAGACCUUAAAGAUUGGAAUAUCUCCAAGGAUCUAGCGGUGGAUAGGAGCGCUUGGAGGCUCGUUAUCAACGUGCCGGAACCGUGA